UUCCUUCAUAUGUUUUUGUCAAACACACUAUGACUUUGAUGCUCUAUGGGCGUGUUCGGCGGUAGCGUUUGAGGUAGCGGGUAGCGUUUUGACCUAGUCAAGACGCUACUUGUAAAAUUUGUAAGUGUUUGGUAAAGUAGCGAUUUAGGUAGCGGUUAGCGGUUGAGUAGCUUUUGUCAAACGUUAAAAUUAGUAGCGUUUAAGGUAGCGGGUAGCGUUUGACAAAUUUAUAAUAAAGUUUUAAAUAAUAUUCUUGCUUUUAUUUUUAUUUUUAUAAUAUCAACCGCUACUUUUACCGAACACUCAUAUUAGUUGCCGCUACUUUGAUAGCUAACCGUUACCCGCUACUAUUCACCGCUACUCGCUACUUUAAUCGCUACCCGCUACUCAACCGCUAACCGCUACCCGCUACCGCUAAUUUUGCCGAACAGGGCCUAUGUAUUUAUCUUUUUAUUAUGAUUAGAAAAAACAUAAUCGUGUGAGAUAUCAUUAGAUUUUUCUUAAUAUAUAUUUUCAACAUAUCAACUUUUAUAUUUAUCUUUAACAAUAAUAAAAUUUGUGAUACAAUUGACACAACUUUAAAUCGACUCUUUCUAACACAUAGUUUGACUCUUAAUGUCGUGAAUUAUGUAUAAAAAAAAAUAACAAAAAGUUAAUAUUUAAAACCAUAUAUAACGAUACGAAUCUAACAAGAUAUCACAUGAGUGCAAUUUUUCGUAUAAAUCACAAAAGUUGAUCAAAAAUUUAAUGUAAUAAAUAGUGUAAAUAAAAAAUAUGAUGCGGAAAGAAUUACGGAGUAUGUAAUUCCUAAAUAUGGAGAGAAAAAAGGAAAAACACGUGCAAGAUUCCGGUCUAGUAGAGCAGUUUUAGUAACUAAAGCCCACUUCCGAAAGCCCAGCCCUAUGACCACCUUCAUUCGGCCCACACCAACACCCUCAGCUAAACGUCACCGCCAACCUCAUUGACACAGAAACGCAGCAACUGCCGUCACCUCACCUUCAUCAAAACACUACCGUAUUUACCCCCCAACAAGCAACACCUACUUCAAACCUUGUCACCACUACCAUCUCACCGGAAAAAAAAAUCAAGUUGGAGUUCAGAUGACGGAUACAAAAUUAAGGGGAGGCGGAUCAUCAUCUGCGGAUCAUGAAGGUAGAGAGAUAAAGAAGAGGGUGGUCUGACUCGCCGGGUCGAAUGGGGGAAUGGAGAGAAUAGAGUAAUUAUCGUUAUUGGGGCAGUCAAUUGUGGUUUUGGUGGUGGAUGUGGGGCUUCAUUUGGAUUUGUAAGAGAGAGAAGGGGUUGUAGUGGUGGACGCGGUGUGGGAUUUUGAUGAUGGAGGUGGUGCUGUGCACUUUGACGGUGGAGGCGGUGUGGGAUUUUUGUGAUGGAGGUUGUGCAGCUUUAAUGGUGGUGGGCCUGUGGGCUUGGUGGUGGAUAGAGCUAUCAGAGUGGUUGUGCGGCCGCCUCUCCUGGGAAAUGAGAGAGGAUCAGAGGAUAUAAUCGGGUAACUGGAAAGAUAACUUAUAAUGGCCACGAGUUGACACAAAUUGUUCCCCAUAGAACAAGUGCUUAUAUCAGUCAAAAUGAUCUUCAUUUUGGAGAAAUGACUGUAAGGGAGACACUCGAUUUUUCAGGACGAUGUUUAGGGGUUGGAAAUCAGUAUGAGUUCUUGGAAGAACUCUUAAGACAAGAGAAGCAAUUAGGGAUCACCCCAGAUUUUGAUGUUGAUGUCUUCAUGAAGGCCAUAGCAAUUCCAGGUCAAGAAAGUAGUCUAGUUACUGACUAUGUCCUCAAGUUACUGGGAUUAGAUAUAUGCUCCGAGACCAUGGUGGGUGAUGAGAUGAGGAGGGGUAUCUCUGGUGGUGAGAAGAAGCGUUUAACUUUAGGUGAAAUGUUGGUUGGACCAACAAACGUCUUUCUAAUGGAUGAAAUAUCAACAGGAUUGGAUAGUUCCACCACUUUUCGCAUAUGCAAGAAUUUAAGACAAAUUGUUCAUAUGAUGGAUGUAACAAUGAUCAUUUCUCUUCUACAACCAACUCCUGAGACAUAUGAGCUGUUUGAUGAUAUAAUCCUUCUUGUCGAAGGCCAUAUUAUUUAUCAGGGCCCGUGUGAAGAUGUUCUUGAGUUUUUUGAGAACAUGGGAUUCAAGUGCCCUGAAAGAAAAGAAGUUGUCGAUUUUUUGCUAGAGGUAACUUCCAAGAAAGACCAAGCACAAUACUGGUCUAAGGAACUGUCAUCACACAGUUAUAUUUCUGCUAAUGAGUUUGCUCAAGCCUUCAAAUCUUUCCGAAUCGGGCAAAAACUAUCAUCGGAUCUUUGCAUUCCUUAUAAUUAUAAGUCUAAAGCAGCCCAAUCACCAUAUGCUCUAGAGAAGGAAAUGUAUGGUAUCUCCAAUUGGAAACUAUUAAAGGCGUGUUUCUCACGGGAGUGGAUGUUGAUGAAGAGGAAUUCUUUUGUUUACAUCUUCAAAACAACACAAUUAACCAUAAUGUCAUUGAUUACCAUGACGGUGUUUCUGAGGACAACAAUGCACCACGAAACAGUAGCAGAUGGUGGAAAAUACUUGGGAGCUCUAUUUUUCAGUCUCAUGAAUAUGAUGUUUAAUGGAAUGGCAGAAUUUCCUAUGACAGUCCUUACCCUUCCGGUUUUCUACAAACAAAGGGAUCUUUUCUUCUACCCUGCAUGGGCGUAUGCCUUACCCACAUGUGUCCUUCGAAUACCUCUGUCAUUCGUGGAAUCUGCAAUAUGGACUAUUCUCACGUAUUACACUGUAGGUUAUGCUCCGGCUGUUAGUAGGUUUUUUUGCCAGUGGCUAGCACUCUUCUGCACAAAUCAGAUGGCUAUGUCUCUCUUUCGCUUGCUUGGUGCCGUUGGAAGAACAAUGGUUAUUGCUAGCACCAUCUGCAGCUUAACCUUGCUGUCCGUUUUUGUCCUAGGUGGUUUCAUAAUUGCAAAGGAUGACAUUGCACCUUGGAUGAAAUGGGCAUACUACCUUUCGCCUAUGAUGUAUGGGCAAAAUGCAAUAGUUAUUAAUGAAUUUCUUGACAAGCGUUGGAGCACGCCUAAUACGGAUUCAAGAAUCCAUGAACAAACCAUUGGCAAAGUCAUACUAUCCUCGAGAGGCUUUUUUAAAGAACAGUAUUGGUUCUGGAUUUGUAUAGGAGCUCUAUUGGGGUUUACUCUCAUAUUCAACUUGUUCUAUAUACUGUCAUUGACAUACUUAAAUCCUAUUAGCCAUUCCAGAACUAUACCGUUGGAGGAGGAUGAUAUCCAAAAGGAGCGCGAGGAUAAAGGUACCCUUGUAAAGAGUACUAGUUCUUUAGUAAAUGGUGCUCCGAAAAGAGGAAUGGUCUUGCCUUUCCAACCUCUUUCACUAACAUUCUGCCAUGUCAAUUACUAUGUGGAUACGACUGCUGAAAUGAAAGGCCAUGGUUGCAAAGACGAUCGUUUUCAGUUGUUACAAGAUGUUAGUGGUGCUCUAAGGCCUGGGAUAUUGACGGCACUAGUUGGUGUAAGUGGCGCGGGAAAAACCACACUAAUGGAUGUGCUUGCCGGAAGAAAGACUGGUGGACAUAUUGAAGGAAGCAUCAAGAUAUCUGGGUACCCCAAAAAGCAGGAAACUUUUGCUCGGAUUAGUGGUUACUGUGAACAGAAUGACAUCCAUUCACCUCAUGUAACUGUCUAUGAAUCCCUAAUAUACUCAGCUUGGCUUCGCCUGCCUUCAGAUGUAGACAUAAAAGAAAGAAAGAUGUUUGUUGAAGAAGUAAUGGAGUUGGUUGAGCUUAAACCACUUAAGGAUGCGUUAGUUGGUCUUCCCGGUGUGAGCGGCCUUUCAAUAGAACAAAGGAAAAGAUUGACAGUAGCAGUAGAGCUAGUAGCUAAUCCAUCCAUUAUUUUUAUGGAUGAACCAACAUCCGGGCUUGAUGCUAGAGCUGCGGCUAUUGUCAUGCGCACUGUGAGAAAUACUGUGGACACUGGAAGAACUGUGGUUUGCACAAUUCAUCAGCCAAGUAUAAAUAUCUUUGAGGCUUUUGAUGAGCUCUUGUUGAUGAAAAGGGGAGGACAAAUAAUUUAUGCAGGACCCCUUGGUCACCACUCUUGUGAUCUCAUUCAAUACUUUGAAGCCAUUCCUGGUGUGCCUAAAAUCAAGGAUGGUUAUAAUCCUGCGACAUGGAUGCUUGAUAUCAGUACUCCUCAAGUAGAGUCUCAGCUGAAUGUGGAUUUUGCAAAGCAUUAUGCAAAUUCCUCUCUUUAUCAGAGGAAUCAAGAAAUGAUUAGAGAGCUCAGCUCUCCUGCACCAGGUUCUAAGGAUCUGUACUUCCUAAGUGAAUACUCCCAACCGUUCCUAGUUCAAUUUAAGGCCUGUUUCUGGAAGCAAUAUUGGUCUUAUUGGAGGAACUCAGAAUACAAUCUUGCUCGAUUUUUCAUGACCGUUUUUAUUGGCCUUGUCUUUGGUGUUUUGUUCUGGAAUAAAGGAGGCAAAAUAUCUAAACAACAAGACCUACUCAAUCUCCUAGGCGCCAUGUAUUCUGCUGUACUUUUCCUUGGGGGUACUAACACUGCUGCUGUGCAAGCUGUUGUUUCCACUGAGAGGACAAUUUUCUAUCGUGAAAAGGCGGCAAGGAUGUACUCUACACUACCCUAUACAUUUUCUCAGGUAGCAAUAGAAGCAAUUUACAAUGUGAUCCAAACUUUUGUUUACACCCUACUCCUCUACGUCAUGAUUGGAUUUGAAUGGAACAUCGGGAAGUUCUUGUACUUCUACUACUUCAUCUUAAUGUGCUUCCUCUACUUCACACUGUAUGGAAUGAUGCUCGUUUCUCUUUCACCGGGCCAUCAAAUUUCAGCCAUUAUAAUGAAUUUCUUCCUCGGCUUCUGGAACAUAUUUGCUGGUUUUUUGAUUCCUAGAUCGCAAAUACCAAUCUGGUGGAGAUGGUUUUACUGGGCUUCCCCAGUUUCAUUGACAUUGUAUGGUCUUGUAACGUCACAAGUCGGCGACAUUGAUUCUACUGUUGUUGUACCUGGAGCUAGCAACAAUAUAACCGUUAAGGUUUUCCUCAAAGAUUACUUUGGUUAUGACUAUGAAGCCCUGCCUUUCAUUGUUGUGGCACAUCUGUGUUGGGUCAUGUUCUUUGUUUUUGGCUUUGCUUAUGGCAUGAAGUUCAUUAAUUAUCAGAAGAGAUGAAUCCACAAUGUGAUCUUCUGUUUCCAUAAUUUUAUCAUAUAUAAGGGAGGGAAUCAUAGAUUGUAAUUUACACUUUAUUAUCCAGGUGUAACCCUAAGGGUAAAUAUGGUGUAACCAUAAUUUCUUUUAAUAUAAAUAAGAUUAAGGGAUCC